AUGAGGAUAUCGAAAGUAGGAGGACGAGCUUCUCCGAUUUCUCUGAGGGUGAGAAAGGCCUUGAGAUACGUGUCCAUCACGACGCUGCUUUUCGCUUUAACCGUUCUAAAUUCGGUUCAGAUGAUGCCCUUGUACUACGAUCAAGAGGCUGUGAGGCUGCAAGACGUCAUGAGACAGAAGUUUGAGAAUGAAUCACAUAUAGACGCGUCGUCCACAAGACAAGAACAGAGUAAUUCUCAGCAUUUCGUCUCGACAUCAAAACCUAGUGUCGUCACCCUUCUCCGUUUGGACUGGACCAACCAAGUACCUCAAUCCCCACUGGCCAGACGAAUACAACAACAUCAAAUGGACUGCUCUCUUCCACUAGGAAAUUUCAAAUUCCGUAAUCGUUUUGGUCUGGGAAGCGAUUUGCACGUUUGGAGUCAAGCCAUGUGCAAUGCGAUGCAUUUCGGGGUACGGAUACGGACCGUUUGGGAUUGGCUUUGGAUGGAUCAACAGUCUUGUCAAUCAAUUAUAAUAGAAGAGAACAAGAAAACUAAGCGGACUCUUGGGUCUCCAUUGCAAUGCUACUUUCCACGUGCCGAACUGCAGUGUCCAAGCGAUUCAGAAAUAGUACUAGAACAUCCAAUCUUUGAUUCGGCCUUGUUCAAUAUCAGUGGAGGGCGACGACAGGGUACUGUCAAUUGGGAUUGUUCAUCCAUCCUGUCGUCGGAAAGUGGGGAUGGCAACGAAAUGCAAAGAAGAUUUCAGUUUCAAGAGGCUGGCAUGGAAUUUCUGUUUGGUCAAAUAUCACAGCAUGUAGUGGAAGAAGCAAAUCGACAACAUUUUCUUGUCUUUGGUAGUGGCAAUACAUCCCAAACUACUACUCCCAAUGAUUUGAUUACGGUCCAUAUUCGAUGGGGCGACAAGAAGCGCGAAAUGAAAUUGCUCCAAAUUCAACAGUACUUGAACGCUAUUGAUCAACUGGUGCAAGGGCGACCCCGACCCGUGGUCAAUGUCUUUCUAGCUACAGAAGACCCCGAGGCCGUCCAACAGUUUCAGCAACAGGCACCAACAGACUGGAAGAUAUAUAUCGAUCAAUUUUAUACCGAAUUGCUACCCCAUCGCAAUGGCAACGAAUACAAUGGAGUUCCCAAGGCUGCUACUGCCUUGGAGGGACGAAUGGGGACCAUUGCACUGGGCUCCUUGUUGGUGGCUCUGGAAGCGAACGAAUUUGUGAUUACGACCGAAAGCAAUUGGAGUAGAUUGUUGAACGAAUUGCGCAAAAGCAUUGUCGACCCAACUUGCCAUGGAUGCACCAAGGUGAUGGAUCUGAAACCAAUCCAAUCAAUUUGA